CGGCGCCGUCUGGCUCGGUCGGGCCGGGGCGGGAGCGCGGCUCGGGACAGUGGGGCCCGCGGGCUGCGGACGGCGGCCUAGGUGGCCGGCAGAGUACUUAGAAUUUCACAUAUUUUUCCUGAACUUGUAAAAAUGGCGCUUGGGAUGAUGGAUUAACAAGAACAUUGAAAUUCUGUGAAAAGUUUUAAAUUGGAGCAUAUUGAAUUUUCACCCUAGUCCAGCAGCUCUGCUGCUCACUUAAAUACAGAUGAAUGAAGACCCCAUUCGGGAAGACACCUGGCCAGCGGUCCAGAGCUGAUGCAGGCCAUGCUGGUGUAUCUGCAAGCAUGAUGAAGAAGCGGACAUCCCACAAAAAACAUCGGAGCAGUGUGGGGCCGAGCAAACCUGUUUCCCAGCCCCGGCGGAACAUCGUAGGCUGCAGGAUUCAGCAUGGGUGGAAAGAGGGGAAUGGCCCUGUCACCCAGUGGAAAGGAACCGUGCUGGACCAGGUGCCUGUAAAUCCUUCUUUGUAUCUUAUAAAAUACGAUGGAUUUGACUGUGUUUAUGGACUAGAACUUAAUAAAGAUGAAAGAGUUUCUGCGCUUGAAGUCCUCCCUGAUAGAGUUGCAACAUCUCGAAUCAGUGACGCACACCUAGCAGACACAAUGAUUGGCAAGGCAGUGGAGCACAUGUUUGAGACCGAGGAUGGCUCUAAAGACGAGUGGAGGGGAAUGGUCUUGGCGCGCGCUCCCAUCAUGAACACGUGGUUUUACAUCACCUAUGAAAAAGAUCCUGUCCUAUACAUGUACCAGCUCUUAGAUGAUUAUAAAGAAGGCGAUCUUCGCAUCAUGCCUGAUUCUAAUGAUUCACCUCCAGCAGAAAGGGAACCAGGAGAAGUUGUGGACAGCCUGGUAGGCAAACAAGUGGAAUAUGCCAAAGAAGAUGGCUCUAAAAGGACUGGCAUGGUCAUUCAUCAAGUAGAAGCCAAACCAUCUGUCUAUUUCAUCAAGUUUGAUGAUGAUUUCCAUAUUUAUGUCUACGAUUUGGUGAAAACAUCCUAGAUGUCAUCAUGAACUUUGCCAAAUUUGUGGAACUAUUAAAUGUAUAAUUUGUAGACAUAAAGACUUGAUUGCUUUCCAGUUUAAUGAAAGCUUAAAUGUCCCUGCGAACCCACAAUCUCUGCCAGCAGAACUGGUUUUGUUCUGAAUAGUACAGAUUUAUGUGAACACAAAGCAUUUUGUGUAAGGAACUCCUUCCUCUUAAAAGAAGUCUGUCUGUCUGGAAGGGAGUUACAGGCAAGUCUGGUAAAAGUUAAGCUAGUAUCAUAGUCAUUUAAAACUGUAAUAGAUCUUAUCCACUUUCCUCUUCACUUUUAACACUCUUAUUCUGCUGCCACAAUGCAAGCAUAGUUUGGUAUUUUUGUUAUUGCCUUUUUUGAGAUAUAUAUGUAUCUAUAUCUACCUAUCUAUAUCUGUGUGUAUACAUAUGUAGUGUAUAUAUAUACACACACAUAGAUGUGUGUAUACACACGCGCGCACACACACGCACACACACACACACACACACACACACUUCAUUGGCAGUCCUUUCUUUGGGGAUUGGGGUGGGGGUUAAAUAAUUUACUCCAGUUUAACAGGAGCGCUUGACCCAAAUUAUUCAUAUCUAGUAUAUUACUGCUGUUUAUUUAAAAUUAAAUUUGGGCACAGGAAGUACAUAGGGACAUUCAGCUUGUUUUGAGGGUUAGAAGUUCAGAGCUUAAUUUCACUCUGGGGGCUUUAAACCGUAAAUUCAAACAUGAAUCACUUGUGAACAGUUAAUGACCCACAUUAGAAUUUUACAAAACAGUUAAAAAUCUGGGUGAAAGGCUGCCUUUAAUUCUAAGCUUUGUACAGUUUUUUGUUUACAUUUUUUAUCAUAUUUUUUUUUUUUUAAACAAAGCCCAGGUACUUGGUCCACAUAAUAUAAUGCAGGUAUAUUUUAGAUGGCACAUUUGGUCCAUUAUUUGUACAAAUUAGUAAUCUGGAUUUCAGUACACGGAUUUAAAGGGCAACAGUACAUCAGUGGUUUGUGUGUAUUUGGUAAGUUCCUGGAAGAACAUAGUGCUUUUAUAGUAGAAAUUUAAGUUGUUGCCUAUUUACAAGUUAGCUGGGAGACCUUUAUUUUUAUUACUAUUAUUACUGAUAUAUGAUUAUGGUCAGAAAGCUUUUUCCCCUCGGCUUUUCCCCACAAAGAAUAUCCAGAUGAAUAACAGCUUAAAUCUCCUGACACCUUUUGUGGUGCUGUAUGUUCUUGCUCAUGGUGUGCUGUUGGUAUGGAUUCAUUCCGUUUAAUGGGUCAGGGUCAGUCACCUGCUCUGACUCGUGAGUGUGACAGACAGCAGCCCUUGGCCACUGAAUCCUUCCCUGGCCUAUUCCUGCAAGGUUGUUUUUUAACGCAAAUAGAACUGCAGAAGUGGCUCGUUCAGCAGCAGAACGUCCGCCUGUCGCUGUGUUUUGGACGAUCCCUGGCAGCCUGAAAGCUGGGAGAAUGGUGGUUUGUCAAACCAGGCAGAAAGCUAAAUGCAUAUGCUGUGAAUCACCAGAGGUGUGACCUCUGUCAUGGCUGUUCUUGGUAAUAGAGAUUCUGUAGUUUGGAGGCCAUGCUAUGCGUGGCUUGGUGAUGCCCAUUUUCGCCUUCAGGAAGGCUGUGCUUUGUCGUGCUGGUGGCUGGUAACCUCGUGCACCAUGUAAGAACUGCACCUGGUUCUCUGCCGUGUGCCCACCGCCUCACCGAGAGCAGCCAGGGGUGAGCUGCUCCAUGUAGUGAGUGCCCAGGUCUGAGACGUUCCUCCUGUGCUUGGAAGAAGUGUCAUGCUGCAGAUCUGUCACCUCUUCUCCUGGUGGCUCUUGUAAGAGUCCCUGCAUGUGAAUCUCAAGGCCAGGCCCAACUCCCCGAGCCCACACAGUGUGUGAGGCCUAGAGAGAGCGUGUCCAGUGUGCACAGCAUGACCAGGGCGCAGUGACUUAAGGCUGAAAACCAAGUCCUUUGGAGGGAUCCUGAGGGUUGGGUCAGUUGAAACAUUUCUGGCAUUACUUAAUGACUUGCAUUGUGGUUUUUCUGCAAGUGUCUUCAGCAGCUUUUCAUACCACGUGAUCUGCCACUCUCUAGAUGAAUGUGACAUUUGAUUAGUAUCAUAAUUAUUUUAAUCAUUGUUCCAUUUAUUGCCUUUAAGGUUGAAGGAAGGGGAAGGGGUUUUUUGUUAUUGUUUUUGUUUUUUUUCCCCCCAUUCUUUUUUCUUUUGGUGGCUUAAACCACACUUCCUGAUGCCGUGACUAACUCUGCUCCCUAGCCGAGUAUUUCAGGCUUCGUUUAGGCUCAUGUUUCAGAUCUGCAUGCGUUGCUUGCAUUUUCCUGAUAUCUGAAUGUUGGUUCCUUGUUCUAGGAAUACAACAUUAAUUUCCAAAAUUAUCAUGGGACUUGUGACAACACAAGACAUGAAUCUCUGUAUAAAAUGUAUUGGCCUUUCUCAUUGACCUGCUAUAGUAUUAUUGUGUCGUGUGUGUGCGUGUGUGAUGUCUGGCUGCCAUGUAAAGCUUCAAAGGAAAACCUUAAAAGCAGACCAUCCUUUUUUGCAUGCUCUAUUCUAAGUAGAAUGUUCAAUGUUAACUAACUAAAAUUGCAUGUUAAAUAUAUUUAGGUUUUUUGUUUUCGAUCUUUGUUUUUAUUUGUUUUCAGUUUCUGUAUAUUUGCUUAACUGUGCUGUUUUAGUGGUUGUAGGAUAAAAAUGCACUGGUGAAGCAAAUGUAGUGCCAACAGGAGGUGAUUUUCCAGUUGUGUAUGUCAUGCAGCAUUUGAAGGGACUGUGCAUUCUUAAAACGAUCACAGUUGCUUCUAAACCAGAUUUCAUUUCUAUUAUUGUUUUAUGUGCCAAACCCCGAAGUGCAUUGGGCUUGAAUCUCUGAACGCCAUGGACCCAUUAGGAGACUGUUCUGAUUGUCACAAAUUGUAGUGCCUGAAAACAUUCUUAAGCUGAUUGUCUUAAAAAAGAAAAGAAAAGCAAAGAAAGUUCUCCAAAGACAAAACAGGAACAAUUAUUAUAAAAAAAAGUAAUUAUGGUCAAAAUGUCUGUGGUUCCUUGGAAAUGCUGCGCUUUUUGUAUUUUCCACCAUUAGUGCAGUUUGAACGAAUGUGUAUAGUUCAGAGGUCUUCGUGUUCGCAUUUUAAAAUUAGGUAAAUGACCUCAUCUUUCAAGCUUGAAUUCAUUUUUAAUUUUAAUUUUAUUUUAUACAAUGUGUAGACAGUUCCCUGUUCUCUGCAUUUAGAAGUAUAAACAAUAUAAAUCUGUUAAUUCUGUAAGUAAUUUUUAUAAUUAUGAUGUAACUCUAUCCUAUCCUUAAAACAUUUAAAAUAAACCCUUUAUGUGCAA